AUGCCUGAGGCUCUAGUACCACCACCCAACCUCACCUCAACAUCUACCUUAAACCCCAACUUCCCCCUAAAUCAUUCUCAAUCUUCCUCUGUGAAUCAAAGCAAAAGCGACCACAUGUCUCAAAUAACCUCCCUCUGCCGCGCAAUCAGCAAAGCAGCCUCGCACCCCAACGUAAUGGUCUACCGAGCCCAGCUCGUGCAGGCUGAGAAAGAUUUCUCUAAGGGUUACUUGGGAAAUGGGACGAAGGAUGCGUUGAGGGUUGGGGGGGCUGUUGAUGAGGGGAAGGGAAAGGGGAAGAGGAAGGAAGGAUUGGAUGGGGGUGAUGAGGAAAUGAAGGAGGAGGGUCUGUUGAGGGAUGGGGAGGUUGAGAGGGAGAAGGAUCCUGGUUGCGAUGGAGAGAAAAACGGAGAGAGUGAAGGGACUUGA